UUAAUGGAUAAUUCUUAUCAAGAAAUCAAAUUAAAUUCAGUAAAUAAUUAUCCGCCCGAAAAUAUACCAAAUAUUGAAUAUUCUAUUUUCAAUCCGAAUACCGAUGCAAUAUUAGAUCCUGAUAUACAUAGUUUACCUUCCAAGUUUACAAUUGACUUGCCCAAUAUUCCAUCGAUUAAUGUAAACGUGAAUAAUGUAGUAUCUGCCUUUAGUACAAAGUGCCAUUUAAACUUGAGAAAAAUCGCUUUAGAGGCAUUGCAUGUUGAAUAUAGGAAAGAAGCAGGGUUGGUGUACAUGAAAAUGAGAGAUCCUUAUACAACUGCCACUAUAUGGUCUUCUGGAAAACUGGUUGUUACAGGAGCUACUAGCGAAGAUAAAGCCAAGCAAGCGUGCCGCAAAUUCGCUCGCACCCUUCAAAGGCUAGGGUUCGACGUGUCAUUUUGUCAUUUCCGGGUUGUCAACGUGUUAGCCACGACCCAAAUGCCUUUCCCUCUUAGGAUCAACACGUUCGCCGAAGAGCAUAGACCUCAAGCUAGUUACGAACCCGAGUUACAUCCUGGCGCUACCUAUCAAUUAAAAGAUCCGAAAGCAACACUCAAAAUAUUUUCCACGGGGAGUAUAACGAUAACCGCGCCAAACGUGAGAAACAUCAAAAAGGCGCUCGAAAUUGUUUGCCCGCUUUUGAUCAAAUACAAAACGCCGGUUCCAUCUACCUCCAUUCCGCUCCAACCGCUCGCGCGCAAAGAGGACGGCGAAAUUAUGAGGGAGACCCAGGGGAAUUCCACGUCACCAGCUACGCUUCCACCCACGCUCUCGCCUCGUCUACCUUUGGAGUCUUCCCACGAUAAAAGGGGGGACACACUUACGAACGCGAAAGAUUAUCCCAAAACAUAUCCUACUAUCAACGACCAACCCGGGUUUAACCCAAAACAAGACGUGAUAAUAGAUAAAAUAGUGUUACCGCCACAGCCUCUCAAUGGUCACAUAAUCGAUAGUUCUUCGUCAUUUCUCGCGGAUUACUUCACUUCCGGUCUCUCCUCCGCUGCCCCUUCCGUUUCCUCCCCAUAUUAUUACCAUCAAGAAGGUGGCGGCGGCGUCGGCGUCAACGAGCACGUCGGUCGAAUAGCCGACAACCCUUUAUUCGAAUAUUGCUUCGAACCCGCGCCCAGAUUAGCGAGCAAUUCGGUGUUGGACCAAAACUACGCCUACGCAACCGCCAUCGAGGAAGACGGCGAAAUCAAGGAUAGCUUGAGCCACCUGCUCAACGAGGAAAUCGAAUCGUCCUCUAACCAUUUCUACAAUUUUUAGGGCAUCGUUUUAACUGGUUACGCUCAACCCAUUCUUCCGCUAAUUUGGCUGGGACUUCAUUUUUCAAAACCUUGUGGAGUCAAAAGAAGAAAAAAAAGGAUUAUUUUGUUGCAUGGCCAGGAAUAACCACAAAAUCAAUUAUUCGGUUUUAAAAAAAAAUUGUAUAAAUUUUAAAAGCAUCCACAGCGCAACUAGGAGGCGUUAUUUUUUUAUUAUACUCACGAAAAUUUUAAAGAAAUGCAAAACAACCCCCCCCCCCCCUUCCAAUCUCCAUUUUAUUUUUAAAAUUUAAAAUCGGAUGAGAAUGAAAAAUUAUAUAAAUAUUAUAUAUAUAUGAUUCUUAAAUAUUUGCUCAC